AUUGAAGGAAUGUAAGAGACUUCCCUAAACUUUCCUGUUGCUGUUCUCUCCGGGCUUCCCGGUAAAUCUGUUUCUGCUCCGACUGCAGUGGUAUUGACUGCAUUGCAGGCACACGCACACUUCACUCAGGUUCCUUAAUUAGCUUCAUCUUAUUUUAGUUUAUGUAAACCAUGUUCUCUUUUUAUUACAUAAACUAUUUCUUUCUCCCUCAACCACUUGUGGUGCUCUAGGCAGUUUGCUUCCAAACCAGAGGGCUAAAUUUAAUCCCCCACUCCCCAUUCAGCUUUCUCCAUUUGCAGUAUUUUUUUUGUAUUUUUUUUUCCUUUCUUUUCUUUUUUUGGGUAGGUUUGGGGUUUUUUUUUUUCCUUCUUUCCAAGAGGCUGGGCUUCCUUUUCUGUCCAUAAGCCCUCCUAUUUCCCCCUGCCCCCUGGAUGCCUGCCUACCUUUACUCUAAAAUCCAGAGGAGGAUCCAAUACACUUAGUUUGCCAGCUCUUCAAGAGGUAUCUAAGGAGGCUGACAGGAGUUUGAUGGUCUCUCUUGCAGCCAGUGGCAGCUAACGUGGUCUGAAACCCUCUCUCUCUUUUUGCCAUUCACACACAGUACUUACUCUUCAAGCCUGCUGCUGCUGCCACUGCCUGAAAGGACCUGAAAUACCACACAGGGAAUUCUGAUUUCUUCUGGGGAACCAGGGAAAGAACAAAAAGAAAGGCAGGAAAACUCAUCUGGAGAUUGUGAAGAAGACAUACAGUAACAGCAAGAAGUGGCAAGCUCUUUCCUUCUUGAAUGCUGACAAAGACCUCGUUUCUCUGCCAGGUGUAUGGGACUUAGAUUCUGGAAGCACUGCACUGAACUGUUAAAGGUAAACUAUGACCACUUUACUAUUAGUGUUUGUGUGUUUGCAAGUCAUCACCGCAGCUGCCUCUGUGGAGCUCUCAGACAGUAGUGAUGGCCUGGAAGUCAAGAUACCUGAGCAGUCACCCCUACGUGUUAUCCUGGGAAGCUCCCUGAACAUCCCAUGUUACUUCAACAUCCCAGAGGAAGAGGACACCAGUGCUCUACUAACCCCACGGAUCAAAUGGAGCAAGCUCUCCAAUGGAACCGAAGUUGUCUUGCUAGUGGCUACCGGUGGGAAAAUCCGGCUCAACACCGAGUACAGGGAGGUGAUCUCUUUGCCCAAUUACCCGGCCAUCCCUACCGAUGCCUCUUUGGAAAUCAAGGCCCUGAGAUCCAACCACACUGGGAUUUAUCGCUGUGAAGUGAUGUAUGGGAUUGAGGACAGACAAGACACAAUAGAGGUCAUAGUGAAAGGCGUCGUAUUCCACUACAGAGCAAUCUCCACAAGGUACACCUUGAACUUUGAGAAAGCAAAGCAGGCCUGUAUCCAGAACAGCGCUGUCAUUGCCACUCCGGAGCAGCUGCAAGCUGCCUACGAGGAUGGGUACGAGCAGUGUGAUGCUGGCUGGCUGGCUGAUCAGACUGUCAGGUACCCCAUCCACUGGCCCCGGGAGCGCUGCUACGGUGACAAGGAUGAAUUUCCAGGAGUGAGGACCUAUGGCAUCCGUGAGCCAGAUGAAACCUAUGAUGUUUACUGCUAUGCAGAGCAAAUGCAAGGUAAAGUCUUUUACGCCACCGCCCCCGAGAAGUUCACCUUCCAAGAAGCUUUUGACAAGUGCCGCAGCCUGGGGGCCCGUUUGGCCACCACCGGGGAGCUGUACCUGGCCUGGAAGGAUGGCAUGGAUGUGUGCAGUGCCGGCUGGCUGGCCGAUCGCAGCGUCCGCUACCCCAUCUCCAGAGCACGGCCCAACUGCGGAGGGAACCUGGUGGGAGUGCGCACAGUGUACCUGUACAUCAACCAGACUGGGUACCCUCACCCCAGCUCUCGCUACGACGCCAUCUGCUACAGCGGGGAUGACGUUGAGACUCUGGUGCCAGGGCAGUUCAUUGACGAGACUGGAAGCGAGCUGGGCAGCGCUUUCACUGUGCAGACCGUCACCCGCACCGAGGUGGAGCUGUCACUGCCCCGCAACGCCACCGAGGAGGAGGCCCGCGGCAGCAUCGCCACGCUGGAGCCCAUGGACAUCACCCCCACCGCCACCGAGCUCUAUGAGGGCUUCACUGUCCUGCCCGAUCUCUUUGCCACCGGUGUCACAGUAGAGACAGCGGCCCCAGAGGAGGAGAACAUGACCAGGGAGGAUGUCACGGGGGUGUGGGCUGUGCCUGAAGGGGUCACCACCAUCACCUUAGGCACUGCCAUCACCACCGAAGGAGCAGAGGUGAGCACGGUGGAAGAGGCCCUGGGGGUGACUGCCACACCAGGGCUGGAGCCCUCUUCAGUGUUCACAGUGGAAGAUCAGCUCGUGCAAGUGACAGCAGCUCCUGGUGUUGGUCUCCUCCCCGAGCAGCCCAUCUCCCCCACGGGUGUGGUGUUUCACUACCGUGCUGGCACCAGCAGAUACGCCUUCUCCUUCGUCCAAGCCCAACAGGCCUGCCUGGAGAACAACGCCGUUAUUGCCACUCCAGAACAGCUCCAGGCUGCCUAUGAGGCUGGGUUUGACCAGUGCGAUGCCGGCUGGCUGCGGGACCAGACGGUCAGGUAUCCCAUUGUGAACCCCCGAAGUAACUGUGUAGGAGACAAAGAGAACUCUCCGGGCGUACGGUCGUAUGGCAUGCGCCCAGCCUCAGAGACCUAUGAUGUGUACUGCUACAUUGACAGGCUCAAGGGCGAGGUGUUCUUUGCAACCCAGCCAGAGCAGUUCACCUUCCUAGAGGCUCAGCAGCACUGUGAGAGCCAAAACGCCACGCUGGCCUCUGUUGGCCAGCUCCAUGUUGCCUGGAAGCAGGGUCUGGACAGAUGCUAUGCUGGCUGGUUAGCCGACGGCAGCCUUCGCUAUCCCAUUGUGAACCCCCGUCCUGCCUGCGGUGGGGAUGCGCCUGGCGUGAGAACCAUCUACCAGCACUACAACCAGACGGGCUUUCCCGACCCACUGUCUCGGCAUCACGCCUUCUGCUUCAGAGCCCUGCCACCUGCGGAGGAGGAAGGGGUCACCUCGCUCUUUGAAGAAGAUGUGUUGGCAACCCAAGUGAUCCCUGGAGUGGAGGGGGUACCCUCUGGGGAGGAGGUGACCGUGGAGACAGAGUUUGCCACUCAACCUGAGAAUCAGACAGCCUGGGGGACUGAGGUGUUCCCAACCGAUGUGUCGCUGCUCUCAGUGACCCCAUCUGCUUUUCCCCCUACUACCAUAAUACCAGAGGAAACACCUACAGAUGCUUCCGUCAGCGAAGUGUCAGGGGAGGUGAUUGAGUCUGGAGAGCAUCAAGUCAGUGGCGAAUCUUCAGCAUCUGGCUGGGUAUCCGGAGUCCCGGAUACAAGUGGAGAACCAUCUUCUGGAGGUUUUGGACUUGGUGGAGAACACUCAGGGACUGGAGAAAGUGGAUUACCAUCAGUAGACCUGCACACCAGUGGCUUUCUACCUGAAGAAAGCGGGCUACCCUCAGGGGACCUGAGUGGUGUGACUUCUGGUGUUGUUGACAUCAGUGGCUUAUCUUCUGCAGAGGAAGAUGUAUCAGUGUCUAUUUCAAGGAUACCAGAGAUUAGUGGGAUGCCAUCUGGAGUGGAAAGCAGUGGGCUGCCUUUUGGAUUUAGUGGAGAAACAUCUGGCACUGAACUAGUCAGUGGCGUGUCAUCUGGAGAAGAAAGUGGACUCGCCUCUGGUUUUCCUACUGUCUCUCUUGUGGAUACCACAUUGGUGGAAGUUGCAACAACAGCACCAGAGCGGCAAGAGGAGGGAAAAGGAUCCAUUGGAGUCAGUGGUGAAGGAGACCUCUCAGGGCUCCCAUCCGCUGAGUGGGACACGAGUGGCAGAGCCCAAGGGUUACCACUGGGAGAAGAGCUCAGCGGGGAGCCCUCCGGAGGGCCUGAGCUCAGUGGGGAGCCUUCCGGGGUCCCUGAGCUCAGCAGGGAGCCCUCCGGAGGGCCUGAGCUCAGUGGGGAGCCUUCUGGGGUCCCUGAGCUCAGCGGGGAGCCCUCUGGAAGGUCUGAGCUCAGUGGGGAGCCUUCCGGGGUCCCUGAGCUCAGCGGGGAGCCCUCUGGAGGGCUUGAGCUCAGUGGGGAGCCUUCCGGGGUCCCUGAGCUCAGCGGGGAGCCCUCUGGAGGGCUUGAGCUCAGUGGGUUGCCCUCAGGACUGGAUGUCAGUGGAGAACCAUCUGGAACACAUGAGAUCAGUGGUCUGGUGGACAUGAGUGGCCUUCCUUCUGGUACUGAUGGAAGCGGUGAGGCCUCAGGAAUUACCUUUGUAGAUGCCAAUUUGGAAGAAGUGACCACAGCCCCCUCAGUUACUGGAGCAGAAGCAAAAGAGAUCUUGGAAAUCAGUGGGUUGCCUUCAGGAGGUGAACAUGCAUCAGGCAUGGCAUCUGGGAGCUCAGACAUCAGUGGGGAGCCUUCCGGGCACGUGGACUUUGGUGGGAGUGUUUCUGGAGUGUUUGAGAUGAGUGGGCAUCCAAGUGGAGUGAUUGACAGCAGUGGAGAAGUCUCUGGAGUCGAUGUCAGCAGUGGGCUACUGUCUGGAGAGGGAAGUGGACUCACCUCUGGCUUUCCCACAGUCUCUCUUGUGGAUACGACUUUGAUAGAAGCUGUAACACAGACAUCAGUUGCACAGGAGGUGGGAGAAGGGCCUUCUGGGGUAAUAGAAAUCAGUGGAUUUCCUUCUGGAGACAGAGGACUCUCUGGAGAAGGGUCUGGAGCCAUGGAGACCAGUGGGUUUCCUUCAGGGACAGGAGACUUCAGUGGAGAGCUAUCCGGGAUUCCAUACAUCACUGGAGACAUCCCUGGAGCCACAGAUCUAAGUGGCCAAUCUUCAGCAGUGACUGACGUUAGUGGGGAGGCCUCGGGGCUUCCAGAAGUCACUUUGGUCACUUCUGAUCUAGAAGUUGUGACAAGACCAACGGUAUCACAGGAGCUGGGUGGGGAAACAGCCGUCACGUUCCCCUACGGUUUUGGGCCAAGUGGUGAGGCCUCUGCAUCUGGUGAACUAAGUGGGGAAACAUCUGCAUUGCCAGAAAGUGGUGUAGAAACAUCAACAGCUUAUGAAAUCAGUGGUGAAACACCUGCAUUUCCUGAAACUGGUAUAGAAACAUCCACGACUCAAGAAAUCAGUGGUGAAACAUCUGCAUUUCAUGAAACUACUGUAGAAACAUCCACAGUUCAAGAAACCAGUGGGGAGACAUCUGCCUUUCCUGAAUUUAGCAUAGAAACAUCAGCAAUCCCAGAAAUCAGUGGGGAAACAUCUGCAUUUCCAGAAGUGUUCAUAGGAACAUCCACAAGUCAAGAAGCCAGGGGUGAAACAUCUGGCUACCCUGAAAUCAUCAUAGAAACAUCCACAGCUCAAGAAGUAAGUGGGGAAACCUCUGCGUUUCCUGAAAGCAGCAUGGAAACAUCCACAAUACAAGGAAUCAGUGGGGAAGCAUCUGCAUUUCCUGAGAUUCGAAUAGAAACAUCCACAAGUCAAGACAUCAGUGGGGAAACGUCUGCGUUUCCUGAAAUCAGGAUAGAAACGUUUACAAGUCAAGAAGCCAGGGGUGAGACGUCUGCUUACCCUGAAAUCAGCAUAGAAACAUCCACAGUCCAUGAAAAUAGUGGGGAAACAUCUGCUUUUCCCGAAAUCAGCAUUCAAACCUCAACAGUCCAUGAAAUCAGUGGAGAAACGUCUGCCUUUCCUGAAAUUACCAUAGAAACAUCGACAGUCCAUGAAAUCAGUGGAGAAAGUUCUGCAUUUCCUGAAAUCAGAAUAGAAACAUCCACAAAUCAAGAAGCCAGGGGUGAAACAUCUGCCUACCCUGAAAUUAGUAUAGAAACAUCCACAGUCCAUGAGACUAGUGGGGAAUCAUCUGCCUUUCCUGAAAUAAGCAUAGAAACAUCAACAGUCCACAAAACCAGUGGGGAAACAUCUGCAUUUCCUGAAAUCAGCAUAGAGACUUCGACGAUCCAUGAUAUUAGUGAGGAAAAUUCUGCCUUUCCUGAAAUUAGCAUAGAAACUUCAGCAGUCCAUGAAAUCAGUGGAGAAACAUCUCCCUUUCCUGAAAUUAGAAUAGAAACAUCCACAAGUCAAGAAGCCCGAGGUGAAACGUCUGCAUUUCCCGAGAUCAACAUAGAAACUUCUACAGUCCAUGAAAUCAGUGGGGAAACAUCUGCAUUCCCUGGGAUUAGCAUAGAAACACCAACGAGUCAAGAAGCCAGGGGUGAAACAUCUGCCUAUCCUGAAAUCAUCAUAGAAACAUCCACAGUUCAAGAAGUAAGUGGGGAAACGUCUGCGUUUCCUGAAGUCAGAAUAGAAACAUCCACAAACCAAGAAGCCAGGGGUGAAACAUCUGCAUUUCCUGAGACCAGCAUAGAAACAUCCACAGUCCAUGAAACCAGUGGGGAAACAUCUGCAUUUCCUGAAAUCAGCAGAGAAACAUCCACAGUCCAUGAAACCGGUGGAGAAGCAUCUGCAUUGCCUGCUGCUAACAUCGAUACAGCUGCUAGCACAGACAUAGCUGCCACAUCUUUGGCCAGUAGUGAGCCCACUGGUGCUCCUGAGAAGGAAAUUCCUGACGCAACAUCUGGAUCUGUGACGCACUCAAUUGCAGGGGAAGCCUCUGUCCCAGACACUGUAAUUAGUACCAGUGCUCCACAUGUGGAACCAACACAGGGACCCAGGAACCUUGAAGAGGCUCAGUUUGAAAUAGAGCCCUCUCCUCCCGCAGUGUCAGGACAAGAGAUGGAGGCAGCGGUUGUUCUAGACAAUCCCCAUCUGCUGGCCACUGCUACUGCUGCCCUGCCUCAAGUCCCACAAGAAGCAAUAGACACAUUAGGACCCACUGCAGAAGACACUGAUGAGUGCCACUCAAGCCCCUGUCUGAAUGGAGCUACCUGCGUUGAUGGCAUCGACUCUUUCAAAUGCUUAUGCCUUCCCAGCUACGGAGGGGACCUGUGUGAGAUCGACCAGGAAAACUGUGAGGAAGGCUGGACCAAGUUCCAAGGCCACUGCUAUAGACACUUUGAAGACAGGGAGACUUGGAUGGAUGCAGAGGCCAGAUGCCGACAACAUCAAGCCCACCUGAGCAGCAUCAUCACCCCAGAGGAGCAAGAGUUUGUGAACAGCCAUGCACAGGACUACCAGUGGAUUGGCCUCAGUGACAGAGCUGUGGAGAAUGAUUUCCGCUGGUCUGAUGGGCACUCCCUGCAAUUUGAGAACUGGAGGCCCAACCAACCCGAUAACUUCUUUGCGGCGGGUGAGGACUGCGUGGUGAUGAUCUGGCACGAGCAAGGCGAAUGGAACGAUGUUCCCUGCAACUAUCACCUCCCUUUCACCUGCAAGAAAGGAACAGUGGCCUGUGGGGACCCCCCUACGGUGGAGAACGCCAGGACCUUCGGUCGGAAGAAGGACCGCUAUGAAAUCAACUCCAUGGUGCGAUACCAGUGCAACCAAGGCUACAUCCAGCGCCACGUGCCCACGAUCCGGUGCCAGCCCAACGGGCAGUGGGAGGACCCGCGGAUAUCCUGCAUAAACCCCUCCAACUACCAGCGCAGGCUAUACAAAAGGAGCCCUAGGAGCCAGUCGAGACCCAGCGGCAGAGCCGUGCACAGACCCACCCAUUAGAGCGGGGCCAGAGAGAGACACCGAAAGUGAGAAACAGAGAUUUUUAACGGAACACUUCUAUUAACAGAGUCGAUUUCUCUUCUUCUUCUUCUUGUUGCUUUUUUUGUUGUUGUUGUCAUAUAAGGAAAAACAAAAAUUAUAUUAAAGACAAACCCACCUUUGUGUAUAUAUAUAAAAAAACAAUAAUUAAUGUGUUUUUUCCAAGCACCAAAGCAAAGCGAAUUAGAUCUCAGCAUUUCUACUAACUGUCCGGUUCCAAUUAUCUUCGUGCCUUCGGGGACAGGGAGGGGGGUGGGUUUGCAGAGGGCAGGGGGUUAAGUUAAAUAAUAAAGAUGAAUAUUUUGUCCUGAUUUUAUCCACGAACAAUGUAAUUAUUUCUGUUAUUUAAUCUCCAGGGUGAGCAGCACCUUUCUGGGGUUUUAUUUUAUUAUUAUUAUUGUUUCUUUUCCAGAAUCCUCCUACUGCUGCAGCACAUCAGGGCUGGGGGGGGAGGGCCCGGGGGGCUGUGGUGGAAGGAGCUAUAGGAGGAGGGGAGGCGAGGGGAUGCUGAGACCUGGGGGCUGCAGCCCCUCUCUGCUUCCCUGCCACCCCCCCCUGUCCUGGGACAACGUGCUCUUUCCAGGGGACCGUGCGGGGCACCAGCGUUCCCUGCACCUAUUUAUAUUUUUGAACAUAUCCUAUUUUGAAAGAAUGAUAAAUAAUAAAG